AGGCGGCUCAGAGCGGGACCCUUAAAAAUUAAAAUAAACACCUCACCGUGUGCUCGUGUCAGCUCCGGGGUUUCACUUUAACUUUAACUUGGGGGGCAUGUAUCUAAGUUUCUUAAGUAUGAGUACAUUGAUAGUAUGUUUAAAGCGGUUUAUGCUAGCUAGGUUGAUGUGCGGUCGGGGUUUGUUUACGGGUCUCCUUGGUGCAAACUAGCGACAUACAUCGCGAUGGCCGUUAACGUUAGCUCUUGAUUAACAAAGCAUUUGUAAUAUCACGUAAUCUCCGUUACAGUAACUGGCUCCGCUAUUAAACUUUAGCUGGUUAAAUAAAGAGGACCAGCACAACAGAAAAUGCCUCCUAAGAAGCAACCGCUGAGGUCGACAGCAGCCAACGUCUCCAGCUCCCUAGACCUGGAGUCGGAGGACAUCAGCCUAGAAACAACCGUGCCCACCACUGAGGAUAUCUCCUCAUCCGACGAGCAGCGCGAUGGCUCCCAGAAGGUGACCCGCCAGCUGAUCGAGAGGAAGGAGCUGCUGCACAACGUCCAGCUGCUGAAAAUUGAACUUUCUCAGAAGAACCUGAUCAUAGACAACAUGAAGGCCGACAGCAUGUCCAAGGUAGAGGAGCUGGAGGAGAGAUUGAAUGAUGCUCUACAUCAGAAGCAGGUGUUGGCUCUGAGGCUGGACAGCCAGCUGAAAAUUACUCACGAGGAGAGCAGGAAGCAGCAGGUUCUGCGAAAGCAAGAGAUGGAGGCCAUCCUGCUCAGGCAGCAGCAGCUAGAGGAGACCAACCGGCAGCUGUGUGAGAAAGGUGGAGACCUGCGGAGGUCUCUCAGGGAUCUGGACAUCUCUCAGAACAAGUACCAGGAGCUCCGCGACCUCCCUGAAGACAAAAUCUCGAUUCAGGAAUACAUAGCUAUGCGUUUCUACGAGGUGGUGACUCCUCUGCGGGCUCAGCUGGCUGAGCUCAGUGUGAAGAGAGACAGUUUGACUGAUGACCUGAAUACACACCGAACCCAAUUGAGGGCUCUGAUGGAGAGCUACGAGGAGGAGCGGCGGCUACGUACCGAGCUGGAGUUAAGGAGCCAGAGACUGACACUAGAACUGGCCGAUACCAAACAGCAGAUCCAAGAAGGAGAUUAUCGCCGGGACAACUACCCUGCCAUCAAACGUGAACGGGACAACUUUGAGGCAGAACUAAAGGAGUUAAAGAGAAGAUUUGAGACACUGGACUUGACUCACACAGCAGUGGCCAGAGAAAGGAACACACUCAGCAAAGAGGUGGCAGCAUCGCAGCAGUCAGUGAGUCUCCUGCAGAAGGACAAGGAGUAUCUGCACAGGCAGAACAUGGAGCUCAGUGUCCGCUGUGCACAUGGAGAAGACCGCCUGGAGAGGCUGCAGGUCCAAUUAGAAGACACUAAGAAGGCGAGGGAAGACGCCUAUGAAAAAUAUGUGGCAUCCAGAGACCGCUAUAAGUCCGAGUAUGAGGCCAAGCUGAGAGAGGAGCUGGAGAACAUCAGGCUGAAAACCAGUCAGGAGAUCGACAAUCUGCAGAGAACCUCCAGGGAGAUGUACGAGAGGGAGAACAGAAACUUGCGUGAGGCCAGAGACAACGCAGUGCUGGAGAAGGACAGAGCUGUGACUUCUGACAGAGACACGCAGUCCAGAUACGACCAGUUGCUGGAACAGUUCCGUCGGCUCCAGCUGGGUACUGACAGCCGGGUAUCAGAACUGUCCAAUCAGGCUAAGCUGCACUCCUUCGAGGCUGAGCGCGCUGAGAUGGUCAAGGAUGAGACGGUGAAGGCGCUGGCCCAGUGCCAGCUGGAGUGUGAGAAACAACAGAAGAAACUGGAGCUCCUGACCCAGGAGUUUUACAGGCUGCAGAUGUCAUCAGAGAAGCGGUCGGUGGAGCUGCAAGCCCAGAAUGCCGAGCAGGCAUCUCGCCUGGAGACGUACGAGAAGCUGGAGCAGGAGUUGGACCAAGUCACCAUGCAGGCCGCUGAAAUUGAGAAUGAAGAGGAGGCCGAGAGAGUGCUGUUCUCGUACGGCUACGGCGCCAAUGUUCCCACGACGGCUAAAAGGAGACUGAAACAGAGCGUUCACCUGGCCCGCAGGGUGCUGCAGCUCGAGAGGCAGAACACGUCUCUGACGAGAGAGCUGGAGAGACACAAGUCACAGGCGGGACGGAUAUCUGAAGAGUUGUUGGCAGCCAACCAGCUGUUGCAGCAGACACACCAGCCCUAUAGCUACCUGAUCGACACGGUGAGACAGAAGGAUACGCAGAUCACGGCGCUGAAGGAGCGUCUCGACUCGCUUGAGGAUGACGUCAGUUCUCUGAGGAAAGAACGGACUGCACUGCAACAGGUGAAAAACAACAUGGCCGCCGAUCUGGAGAGACUCCUCAACCAUCGAGAGGAGUUAGCGGUGAUGAAGCAGGUCCUGAUCAGCAUGCGGUCCGGACAGGGAGACGCUCUUAACCUGUCGGAAGCGGAUAAAACUGCUGUGAGGACCUCUGGUGCAAGAAAACAAAUCAACAGGACCACAGAAGAAGAGUCCCCAAACAAACCCAAACCCACUGUGUUUACUAAUAUAGAAGUUCCCGAUUGGUACAAAAAGACAACGCAGAAACCCAAAUGAACAUUCAUUUCUCUUACUAUUGGUGCUGUUAAUUGUCACUCAUGGCUUCAACAAUCGUAUUAUUUUUUCUUUUUAAAUACAAAAGCUGAAACUGUUA